CUGAAGUCAGUGGACUGUACAGUGUUUGAACCUUUGGUUUGAUUUCCUCAAAGGAGAGAAAGAAUGUCUUCUAAUUUAAUUUCAGUCAGUUUCCUUUAGAACAGCUCACAUGAUCGUCCUGUGAUUCUGCAAUGACUCUCAUCAUUUCUCACCAGAACAUCAGACAGAACAGCUGUGGAUUGAUAUCACAAAAAUCAUAAUGCAUUUCACCAGGUGUUUCUUGCUGACCAUGCUGUCAUCAGGAUCAUUAACUGUGUGCUCCUCAGGCCCUCUUCAUGCACAGUGCAAAGUGGAAUGGUACUUUGGUCUUUCCUGCAGUCAUGUGUAUGAAGCCUUGGUCACUCAGAUUAAAAAGUGGAGGACAAUGGAAGGUUGUGAUCUGGGUGGAGAAAAGUGUCUAUACAAGCUCCAGUCAGCCUCUGUCCACUUCAUUGCAGCAAAGCACAUGGCACCAUGGAAGAAAUAUGUGGAAGAUAUAAAUUUCAGACUGGCUCCUUAUCAAUUCUUCACCCAUUGCCACGUAUCAGCCAUGUCAGUCUCAGAAACCUGGUAUGCUGUAACAGACCAUGGCACUAAUUAUUGCAACCUCUACAACUUAAUAGAAGGGAGUGGACUAACUGAGGCUCCAGACUAUAAGGAAAUCACCAGUGAAUUCCUGUGCACACAGCGAUCCUCUGCCAACUGCACUGUUUACUGAUGCUGGUCUCCUUUCAAGCUAUAUAUAUAUGAAAGAUGUUAAACAUACAGUGAAAUGUAAUAAUCUCCAUUAUUGUGUCUCUGUGUGUAUAAACUAUGUUGUCUGUAAUGAACAAUUUGAGUAUUUUAAGAAUUUGCCUCUUUGCAUGUUAUGUCUCUUUUUUUUCCUCAUCCAAAAUGAAAUUCAAGAGGAUAUUUCAGCUUUCCUUUGCACAAAAGAAAUUGUAGGGGCAAAUAUAGCUCUCAAUGCUGCUGAGGUGAGGCACUGUCUUCAGAGAAACAUUGUUCUUUUUGACGCAUAGGGCAGUUUUUCUCUUAAAGGUAGCAACGUUUUCUAGCUCCACUCCCAGCCAUGUGGAUUGAAGGGCAGCUUUUAUUAGGACAGCAAUAUAGUCAGCCCAACUCACCCAUCCAUCAUACAGAAUAAAGCACGCCUCAAAUCGACACUGUUGGCCUGCCGCGUCACUGUGUGUGCUGAACAUUACGACUGAUGUGGCCUGCGCUGGCCUGAAGAGGGCAAUGUCUGCAAACACUCCAGCCCAUCAUUUAUUUGAUUGUGGCACAAAUUGUGUAGUUCAUUUUUAUGAUUAAAGCUACAGACUAUUAUUAAAACUUCUGUCUUACAAUGUCUU